CGCGGAGGUAUGGCGCGGCCCAGGACGUCCUGCAUCCGGCUGGACCGAGAGCAGGAGCGCGACUUGUGCGAGCUCGUCCGGAGCGUCACCGGACUCCAGGACCAGGGGGACCCCAACUUCCAGCUGGCCCUAAACUUCGCCUGGUCUAACUUCAGAUUUCAUCGUUUCUUGGAUGUCAACAGUCACAAAAUAGAAAAGACAAUAGAAGGGAUAUAUGAAAAAUUCAUCAUUCAUUCUGAACUCAGCAAAGCUGCUAGUUGGAAGAGAUUAACUGAAGAAUUUCUAAAUGCAUCACUUCCUAGCAUAAAGGAAAUAAAGACAGAUGCACAUUAUUCCAUACUGUCACUUCUUCUGUGUCUGUCUGAUUCUCCUUCAAACAGCAAUUAUGUGGAAACACCAAGAGAUAAAGAAGUGGAAAAGAAAGAUGAUUUUGACUGGGGGAAGUACUUGAUGGAAGGUGAAGAAAUUGACCUUGGUCCAGAUGUGGAUACACCAAUCUGGUCUGAAGAGAGUGAAGGGGAAGAUGACCAUCAGCCCUUAAGCAGAGAGGACUCUGGAAUCCAGGUGGACAGGACACCAUUAGAAGAACAAGAUCAAAACAGAAAACUGGCUCCUUGUGUCAGCUGGAAAGCAGAUGAACCAGAUGACCGAAGCUGGCUAGAACAGCAUGUCGUCCAUCAGUACUGGACAGCUAGACCUUCACGGUUUCCUCAUAGUUUACAUUUACACUCCAAUUUAGUUGCUGUCUGGGACCAACACUUGUAUAGUAGUGAUCCAUUAUAUGUUCCGGAUGACAGGGUCUUUGUUACUGAGACACAAGUUAUUCGGGAAAUCCUGUGGUUACUUUCAGGGGUGAAAAAGCUCUUUAUAUUUCAGUUGAUAGAUGGGAAGUUAACUGUGAGGAACAAUAUUAUAGUAACUCAUUUGACACAUAACUGUUUACGGUCUGUGCUGGAACAAAUAGCAGCAUAUGGCCAGGUGGUGUUUCGACUCCAGGAGUUCAUCGAUGAAGUCAUGGGACACAGCUCUGAAAGCAUGCCACUUGGAAAUGGUUCCGUUCCUAAGAAGUCCACUGAAGCUCCCUUCAGAACCUACCAAGCUUUCAUGUGGGCUCUGUACAAAUAUUUUAUUAGUUUCAAAGAAGAACUUGCAGAAAUCGAGAAGUGCAUCAUCAAUAAUGAUACUACGAUAACUCUUGCAACAGUGGUGGACAAGUUGUCGCCUCGAUUGGCUCAGCUCAAAGUUCUACACAAAGUGUUUAGUACUGGAGUAGCAGAAGUUCCACCUGACACUCGAAAUGUCGUCCGCGCAUCUCACCUGCUCAACACCUUGUACAAGGCCAUUCUUGAAUAUGACAAUGUUGGAGAAGCAUCUGAGCAAACCGUCUCCCUCCUGUUCUCCCUCUGGGUGGAGACAGUACGGCCAUACCUGCAGACAGUGGACGAGUGGAUUGUGCAUGGGCACCUGUGGGAUGGCGCCAGGGAAUUCAUCAUCCAGAGAAACAAAAAUGUUCCAGUAAAUCACAGAGACUUCUGGUAUGCCACUUACACAUUAUACAGUGUAUCGGAAAAGACAGAAAAUGAAGACAAAAUGAGUGAUAAUGCUAGUGCAAGUUCUGGCAGUGACCAGGGGCCCUCCGGCAGGCAGCACACCAUGGUGUCCUUCCUCAAACCUGUGCUGAAGCAGAUCAUAAUGGCUGGCAAGUCGAUGCAGCUGCUGAAGAGCCUUCAGUGUGCAGAGAGCACCAUGUGCCACGCAGCCUCCAGAGACGCAGAAAGAAAAAGCUUGUACACCCUCUUUCUGGAAUCAGUACAAUCUCGGCUUCGACAUGGAGAAGAUCCCACUCCACACAUUCUUACUGAGCAAGAAGUGACCACAGAGAACCUAGUGAAGAUGCAGUCCAUUGCUGAAAGGCAUCUGGAGCUGGAUGACAUUCAUGAUCCCCUGCUCGCCAUUAACUUCACCAGGUUGUAUUUGGAGCAGAGUGACUUUCAUGAGAAGUUUGCUGGUGGAGAUGUUUGUGUGGACCGAUCAUCGGAAUCUGUGACAUGCCAGACUUUUGAGUUAACGCUGAGAUCUUGCCUCUAUCCUCAUAUUCAUAAGCAGUAUCUGGAUUGCUGUGGAAAUCUCAUGCAGACUCUAAAAAAAGAUUAUAGGUUGGUAGAAUACUUGCAGGCCAUGAGGAAUUUCUUCUUAAUGGAAGGUGGAGAUACCAUGUAUGACUUCUAUACAUCAAUUUUUGAUAAAAUAAGAGAAAAGGAAACCUGGCAGAAUGUGUCUUUUCUUAAUGUCCAACUCCAAGAAGCAGUAGGACAGCGUUAUCCUGAAGACAGUUCACGUCUAUCUGUAUCUUUUGAAAAUGUUGACACAGCUAAGAAGAAACUACCUGUUCAUAUUUUAGAUGGUCUGACCCUGAGCUACAAGGUCCCAUGGCCUGUGGACAUUGUUAUAAGUUUGGAAUGUCAAAAAAUUUAUAAUCAAGUAUUCCUUCUCUUACUGCAAAUAAAGUGGGCAAAAUAUAGUCUAGAUGUCUUACUCUUUGGUGAACUGGUUAGUACUGCUGAAAAACCACAACUUAAGAAAGGCCUUCUACAUGAACAAGACAUAGUUGCUCAGUUUGGAACACAGAAAGAACCAGUAAGACAGCAGAUUCAUCGGAUGUUCCUCUUACGAGUGAAGCUCAUGCAUUUUGUGAACAGCUUGCACAACUACAUCAUGACCAGGAUUCUACAUAGUACAGGGCUGGAGUUUCAACAUCAAGUUGAGGAAGCCAAGGAUUUAGAUCAGUUGAUUAAAAUUCACUAUAGGUAUUUGUCAACUAUCCAUGAUCGAUGUCUGCUGAGAGAAAAGGUCAGCUUUGUAAAAGAAGCUAUCAUGAAAGUGUUGAACUUGGCUCUCAUGUUUGCAGAUGGUUGGCAGGCAGGCCUGGGGGCUUGGAGAAUGGAAUCUAUAGAGAAAAUGGAGUCUGAUUUUAAAAACUGCCAUAUGUUUCUUGUAACCAUUUUAAACAAAGCCGUCUGUAGAGGAUCUUUUCCCCAUUUGGAAUCUCUAGCACUGUCACUCAUGGCUGGCAUGGAGCAAAGUUAAAUAUGUUCAAUGUAAUAAAUGUCUCAGAGUUCAACUUUGUUCAUUCCACCAAAUGCAGCUGAAAAGUGGAAAUCUUUAUAUUUUGGUUCAUUCUUUAAACUUAUAUAGAACCUAGAUCAAUGGUUUGUAGCUAUUUUCUCUGGAAAUUGCAUGUGUAUGUAAAGUAUGAAUAAUGUACAGUGCAUAUAGGCAUAUAGUGCAUAUACACUCACAUAUCCUAUUGUAAGAUAAGAUUUAUUGACACCUUUACAUGUAAAUUAUAUCAUCUUUGAAAAUAUAAUUAGUGGUAUUAAAAAUAUACUUAAAAUUCUCAUCCUUUUGCUGGUGUACUUAAGUCACAGAAGUUUUUUAUGUAGAGUUUAACAUACUGUCUUCCCUGAAGUUGUCUCAGAUUUGGCUGUGCUAGAAGUGUUUGUGUUUUUAAUGUGCCUGAGAAGUUAUAAAAUUGAAAAUAGCAUCAGCCAGUAUCGGUGAGUGUAAAAGCCAACCUCACUCAGAGCCACCUCUUGGUACAUACUGUUGUUUGGCACUUCUGAGCAGUUUUUUGAGCUAGCCAAUUAUAUCUUAAAUAAAAUUAUAUUUAAUGUUUAAUUUUUCUACAUUUUCUUCAUAUACUUCUUGGCAUGUGUAUUAGAGAAACAGAACCAGUGAGAGAGGUACAGAGGUAUUAUUAUUAUGAGGUAUUGGCUCAUGCAUGAUAGGGGCUUAGAAUAGGCCCAUGACUGGCUGGCUACCUGCAAGCUGGAAGUCUGGGAAAGCCAGUGGUAUAGCUCCAGUCUUAAUCUGGAAGCUGGAGCACCUGAGGAGCCAGUCCCAGCCUGACUCUUGUGCUGGAGAACCAGGAGCAGCAGCAUUGGCGGGCAGGAGAAGAAGGUGGUCUCAGCCCAGAGUGCACACCUCACACCUGCCCUUUCUCUGCCUUUUUAUUCUCUCUCAGGCCUUCAACAGAUUGGAUGAUGUUCACCCUUAUUGGUGAGGGAUUUACCAAUUCAAAUGCUAAUCUCUUCUAAAAACAUCCUCACAGCCACAACCCCAGUGUUUUGCCAGUCUUUUGAGCAUCUUAGUCCAGACAAGUGGUUACAACUGUCAUGAUGUUACCAGAAUUUCUUCUUCAGUAGGUCCUUGGUCUCAGAGAUUCAAAGAAUGAAUCCACAGACCACAGAUCAGUGGUAAGACAGGAUUAUUUUUACAGAAAAGAAAACAGAAAAAGCACCAGAGCUUCUGGCAGAGGGAAAAACACAAGUCAGAAAAAAUCUCCCCCUAGAUCCUUUGUCUAGGGGUAUGUAUAUAUAGCCUAACAAAUGAAUGGAUACAGUCCCUUCCCCUGGGGGCAGAGUUCUACCAGGUCUGAGGAGGGGGUGGCAGAGACCCUACAGAGCUUGCAACCUGGAGGUGUCUCCCCAGCAGUUGUAUGGCCCCUCAUGGCUAUUGUAGACUCCUGCAACCCCUCUGCCUAUCCUUCAGCCUGCUGGCUUCUAUGCCUGCUGCUGCACCAAUACCUCCCUGGCACAGCAGGUCCUCCUGUCAGCUCGCCAGGGCCGCCAUGGCCCUGUAUCAAUAAGUGUUUCUAACAGUUACCACUUAGCACUAUAUUUGCUAUUUAUUUGUUUGUUUGUUUAUUUAUUUUUUAAAAGCAAUAGCUGAGCUCCAGAUAGCCCUCAGAGCUGAACACUAGAGCACCCUUGCUCUUAGAAAUAAUCUCAACUGGCUUAGCACCUGUAGCAUAGUCGGUGCCAGCCACAUGCACCAAGGCUGGUGGGUUCAGUCCUGGCCUGGGCCAGCUAACCAACAAUGACAACUGCAACAAAAAAUAACCGAAUGUUGUGGUGGGCACCUAUAGUCUCAGCUACUUGGGAGGCUGAGGCAAAAGAACUGCUUAAGCCCAAGAGCUUGAGGUUGCUGUAAGCUGUGACACCAUGGCACUCUACCGAGGACAACAUACUGAGACUCUGUCUCCAAAAAAAAGAAAAAUGAAUCUCAACCAUCUUCAGGCAUCAACAUUUCCUACAUGAGGAAGGCAAAGCCUAUAGUCAAGCCUACUCAAUCCUACUCUUUACUCCUAAGCCUCAGAAGAAAUUCACUGGGGGUGAUGUCAAUGCCAAGCUGCUUCUAGAUCUCAAGAAAACAUUGCAUAGCCCAGCAACUGAAAGAUAUAUGAAGUUGAGAUGGGUGCCAGCUGCCUCAUCACCCUCAUAAGACUGAUGCCGAUGGCCUCAUGCCAUCCCCCGGGUAGAGGGAAGGGGAAAAGGUAAAUGUAAAUGAAAUGAUGCCAAGUACCAUUACUCUUAGAUCAGUCCAGAUCAGGCCGGAACAGGACAAGAUAAGAACAGAUGGGCCAAGAACUGUCAUCACGAGAGUUGAUGAGCUGAGUGCUGUGACAAAUUGUUUGAUUUAUCCAUUAGUUGCUAGAUCUGCAUUAUGUUACUUUAUUGUUAUCUAACUGCCCUUUAUGUUACCUAUUGGUUUACUGCUAAAUUGCAAGGCUCGCUUCUGUAAAAGAGGUCAUCGUGAUCCCGUGCUCGCUUUUUGCUUCUUUUGCCAACUUUCUUUUUGUUUCUAAUUGCUAACUUUCAGCCCACCUGUUUGGCCCUUUGCCAACUUUCAGACUAGAAAAACCCCAACUUCAGACCCCUUGAUGCUCUCUCACUUGGUCCGCUUUAGACUUUGGUGAGACAGCCCCGUGGUUAAUAAAAGACUCCUUUUUGAA